AAAGUCUAGUACUUGCCGUUGUGGUUAUCAAACGCUUACAUACCGUGAACGGAGUUAGCUGAACAUAUUACAAAAUGAAAUUCUUCCUCGUCGCUUUUGCCGCCAUCCUGGCUUGCGCCAGUGCUGAUGUCUCUGAGUUGGGCUACAGCUACCAAGAACCUGCACCUGUGUCAUUCAAUGUCCCAGCACCAGCCCCUGCACCAGUUGCCCAACCUGAUCGCACCUACGUGCCACCAGCACCAGCACCAGUUCAUGUACCAGCUCCAGCUCCAGUACAUGUCCCUGCUCCAGCUCCAGUCCAUGUCCCAGCUCCAGCUCCAGUUCAUUUCCAUGCCCCAGCUCCAGCUCCAGCUCCAGUACAUGUCCCAGCCCCAGCUCCAGCUCCAGUGCCUGUCCCAGCUCAAGUUUAUCUCCCAGCUCCAGCACCAGCCCCAGUCUCAAUCCCAGCCCCAGCCCCAGCUCCAGUUCAUGUUCCAGCCCCAGCUCCAGUGCAAUUCCAUGCCCCAGCUCCAGCUCCCGCUCCAGUUCAUGUUCCAUCUCCAGUAUACAUUCCAGCUCCAGCUCCUGCUCCAGCUCCAGCGCCAGUGCAAUAUGUUGCCCCUGCCCCAAUUGCUCCAACUGAGCAAAUCGAACAUCACGCCGAAGAUGGUUACCGUUACAAGACUGUCCGCCGUCGCGUUUACAGACGUCGUUAUAAAUUCUUCGCCAUCGCUACCUUCGCCGCCCUCUUGGCCUGCGCCUUCGCUGAUGUUUCUGAGUUGGGUUAUGCCUACAGCCAACCCGCUGCUAGCGCUCCAGUGAACGCCUACAUUCCACCUGCAGCUAGCGCACCCGCUCCAGUCUUCUCUGCCCCAGCCCCAGCACCAGUAUACUCUGCCCCAGCCCCAGCUCCAGUCUACCAGCCAGCUGCCGCUGCUCCAGCACCAGUCUACUCUGCCCCAGCCCCAGCUCCAGUUUACCAACCAGCUCCAUCAGCCCCUGUCUCAUCAUACAUCCCACCUGCACCAGCUGCCGCUGCCCCAGAACCAGUCUACUCUGCCCCAGCACCAGCCCCAGUCUACUCUGCCCCAGCCCCAGCUCCAGUUUACCAACCAGCUCCAUCAGCCCCUGUCUCAUCAUACAUCCCACCUGCACCAGCUGCUGCUGCCCCAGCACCAGUCUACUCUGCCCCAGCCCCAGCUCCAGUCUUUGCACCACAACCAGCUGCAUCUGAAGUUUACGAACAACCCGCUCAAGAUGGUUACAGAUACCGCACUGUCCGUCGUCGCGUCUACAAGCAACGUCGUUUCUAAGCUAGCAGUCUUUCAAGCUUUAAGAUGCAUUUAAUGAACAACUGAGAGGCUUUCGAGGCGAAUUCGUUUUUUAAUUCGUUCGAAUUGUGUUGUUAACUAUUUUUUGCAACAAUAAAUUUUAGUUUAAAAAAAU